AUGGGUACCCCCCAGGUGGUUCCCCAGUGCAAGGGUCAAAGGGACAGAGGCCGCUCCAACCUUUUCCGAACUCCAGGUCAGGUGGCCGUAGGGCUGUUCCCGGCAGGCAAGGGCCACUGCCCCCAAGGUCUCAGGCCCUGCUCCCGCCCGAUCUCCUUCCAGAGGGAUCAUCGGCAGGUCCUCAGCUCCCUGCUGUCCGGUGCUCUGGCUGGAGCCCUGGCCAAGACCGCAGUAGCCCCUCUGGACCGAACCAAAAUCAUCUUCCAAGUGUCUUCAAAGAGAUUUUCCGCGAAGGAGGCUCUCCGGCUGCUGUACCUCACCUACCUCAACGAGGGCUUCCUGAGCCUGUGGCGCGGGAACUCGGCCACCAUGGUGCGGGUCGUGCCCUACGCCGCCAUCCAGUUCAGCGCACAUGAGGAGUACAAGCGGAUCCUGGGCCGCUACUAUGGAUUCCGCGGAGAAGCCCUGCCCCCGUGGCCUCGCCUCCUGGCCGGCGCCCUGGCCGGCACCACGGCCACGUCGCUCACCUACCCGCUGGACCUGGUCCGGGCGCGCAUGGCCGUGACCCCCAAGGAGAUGUACAGUAACAUCUUCCACGUGUUCAUCCGCAUCUCCCGGGAGGAGGGGCUGCGCACCCUCUACCACGGCUUCACACCCACCGUGCUGGGCGUCAUCCCCUACGCUGGCCUCAGUUUCUUUACCUAUGAGACGCUCAAGAGCCUGCACCGAGAGUACAGCGGGCACCGGCAGCCCUACCCGCUGGAGCGCAUGGUCUUUGGCGCGUGCGCGGGCAUCAUCGGCCAGUCGGCCUCGUACCCGCUGGACGUGGUGCGGCGGCGCAUGCAGACGGCCGGCGUGACGGGCCACCCGCGCAUGUCCAUCGUGCAGACGCUGCUGAGCAUCGUGCGGGAGGAGGGCGCCGUGCGGGGCCUGUACAAGGGCCUCAGCAUGAACUGGCUCAAGGGCCCCAUCGCCGUGGGCAUCAGCUUCACCACCUUCGACCUCAUGCAGAUCCUGCUCCGGCACCUGCAGAGCUAGGCCGGGGCGCCGCGGGGGACUCGAGCCCCUCUUUCCGCCGCCGCCGCCCUCUGGUUGCUUUCCGGAGCCCCCUCUCGGGGCCACGCACAGCCGGGGCACCCAGACCCAAGCCCUACCCGGUUCCCCACGGGGACACCCUAAGUGCAAUGUUGGAACUGGGGCCCAGGGGUCCCAAGCACUUGGCUUUUGCUCCUCCAAGAGGAGCUGACCUGAAGGCCCCAAGGGCGCCACGGGUGUGCUGGCACCGGUCGGGGCACGCCCACCCCCCACGUAUCCGUCAGUGCCCCCACAAGCAGCUUCUUGCCUUGUCUAACCCUCCUGAACCCCAGUCAUCCCGCACCCCCAUCUUGGACCUCAGCUGACUGGGGUGGCCCCCCCUACACUGAGCCCUCUGCUGAGAUUUUUGGGG